CCAUUGAAUAGAUUUUGUGUUUAUGUCUCCCACUCCGUAUUAACAUUAAGUCAUAUAUAAACCUUCUCUUUUCAUUCACUCUCCUUUAAUUCCUAAUAAUUUCAAAAACUAAACCACCCCUCUCUUAAGAUCUCUCUCUAUCUGUCCGAAAAACCCAAAUCCAAAGCACCAAUUAUUAAAGAUGGCAAUGCAGGAAGCAGACCCUGCCUCUGCUCCUACUGCUAAUGUUGUUGGCAAUGCCUUUGUGGAGCAGUAUUACCAUAUUUUACACCAAUCUCCUGAGCUCGUCCAUAAAUUUUAUCAGGAUUCUAGUUUGCUAAGUCGCCCAGAUGCAGACGGUACCAUGACGACCGUGACUACCAUGCAAGCAAUCAAUGAAAAGAUUCUUUCCUUGAAAUAUGAAGACUGCACAGCUGAGAUUAAAAAUGCAGACGCUCAGGAGUCUUAUGAGAAAGGUGUAAUUGUUCUUGUGACUGGUUGCUUAACUGGAAAGGAUAAUGUGAAGAGGAAAUUCUCUCAAACAUUUUUCCUUGCUCCACAAGACAAAGGCUACUUUGUUUUGAAUGAUGUAUUAAGGUUUGUUGAGGAGACUGAUUCAUUGCCAAAUGAUAAUACUAGUUUGGUUAAUAAUGUUAAUGAAAAUGCUACACCAGUAAUGCCUACAACACAAUCAGGCUGGGGUAGUAUCUCAGAAGCAGUUCCUACUCGGGCUGCUGAUCAUCUUACAGUUGAUCCUGCUACCUCUUUUGAGGAAGAAGAUCUUGAUAGUGGUGCUGAAGUUUAUGAUCCUUCUGAUAAGGAGGAAGGAUCAGUUGUUGAAGAUGAGGUUAUUGAUCAUCAAUCUGGUUCAGUUCCCAAUGAACUUUUCUCUAGUGUUGAUGCAUCUUCUGCUAUCUUGGAAGAUGCUCCAAAGAAAUCAUAUGCUUCAAUUCUGAAAGUAAUGAAAGGUAAUACAGUGACUAGAUCAGUCCAUUCUGUUACCACUAAUGUGAAGGCGGCGCCUGUAUACUCCGCAAAACAAUUUUCCAACUCUGCAAAACCUGCUUAUGCAGCGGAGUCUAUUACUCCGACUAGCGGUGGUGCUCCUGAAAGUGGCGAUGUCCAUGAAGAAGGAGAAGGCCACUCCAUAUAUGUACGAAAUCUCCCUUUUAAUGCAACAGAGGCACAACUUGAAGAGGCAUUUAAAAAAUUUGGGCCUAUUAAACGUGGUGGUAUCCAAGUUAGAAGCAAUAAGCAAGGGUUCUGUUUCGGCUUUGUUGAAUUUGAAACAUUGAGUUCCAUGCAAAGUGCACUUGAGACUUCGCCUGUCACCAUUGGGGAUCGUCAAGCUAUUAUUGAGGAAAAGAAAACCAACACCCGAGUUGGUAGCAGUGGAAGAGGAAGGUAUCCGUCAGGAAAAGGUGGUUUCCGGAGUGACAGUUUCAAAAAUCGUGGGAACUUUGGUGGUGGUGGAGGCCGGGGUUAUGGCAGGAAUGAAUUCAGAAACCAGGGUGAAUUUUCGGGGCGACCCAAAGGUUCAAGCGGGCGCAGCGGUGAGGAAUAUCAGCGAACUAAUCAGAAUGGAAGCCGAAGGGGAGGGCGCCAAAGUGGAGUAAAAGGUACCACUACCAGUCCUGGUUCGACAUCAACAUAGGCCCGUGAAAACGGAUAGAUGAUUUUUUGACAUUAGAAUUGGAGGUAUGAAGGCACUAGAGAUACAGGUUUUCUACCUUUUAUUUAAAAACAUUUCACAAGAAUGCUGUUGUUAUCCUUUUUUUUUUUUUAGUUUUCCCUAGGGAAUUUCAUAAAAUCUUACAGGAGAUUGAUAAUGCAUUUGGCGCAACCAUGUAAUUUUCCAUUUAAUCGCAUACAUAAUCUAGUAAAGGUGCUCUUCCUCUUCCCAUCUUUCUGCAUGACAAAUUGAUAAUGUAAUGCAUUUAGCAGCAAUAUUAAAUUAUCUUAAUUUA